GCUGCAGCGCAUGAGGGGGAUGUGAAUGGGCAGAAGCGGCUUCUAUCCGCUGCUGCCUUUGCAGAGCCUUCUGCAGAAGCGGCUUCUAUCCGCUGCUGCCUUUGGCAGAGCCUUCUGCAGGUGAGCCAGGAUGGUAGAUCUCGAGUACGAUCAGAUGGAGUGGGUGAUGUGCUGAUGGGGGAGGCGGUGCGAGGGUGCAUGCAGGCUGCAGCGCAUGAGGGGGAUGUGAAUGGGCAGAAGCGGCUUCUAUCCGCUGCUGCCUUUGGCAGAGCCUUCUGCAGAAGCGGCUUCUAUCCGCUGCUGCCUUUGGCAGAGCCUUCUGCAGAAGCGGCUUCUAUCCGCUGCUGCCUUUGGCAGAGCCUUCUGCAGGCUGCAGCGCAUGAGGGGGAUGUGAAUGGGCAGAAGCGGCUUCUAUCCGCUGCUGCCUUUGGCAGAGCCUUCUGCAGGCUGCAGCGCAUGAGGGGAUGUGAAUGGGCAGAAGCGGCUUCUAUCCGCUGCUGCCUUUGGCAGAGCCUUCUGCAGGUGAGCCAGGAUGGUAGAUCUCGAGUACGAUCAGAUGGAGUGGGUGAUGUGCUGAUGGGGGAGGCGGUGCGAGGGUGCAUGCAGGCUGCAGCGCAUGAGGGGGAUGUGAAUGGGCAGAAGCGGCUUCUAUCCGCUGCUGCCUUUGGCAGAGCCUUCUGCAGAAGCGGCUUCUAUCCGCUGCUGCCUUUGGCAGAGCCUUCUGCAGGGUGCAUGCAGGCUGCAGCGCAUGAGGGGGAUGUGAAUGGGCAGAAGCGGCUUCUAUCCGCUGCUGCCUUUGGCAGAGCCUUCUGCAGAAGCGGCUUCUAUCCGCUGCUGCCUUUGGCAGAGCCUUCUGCAGAAGCGGCUUCUAUCCGCUGCUGCCUUUGGCAGAGCCUUCUGCAGGUGAGCCAGGAUGGUAGAUCUCGAGUACGAUCAGAUGGAGUGGGUGAUGUGCUGAUGGGGGAGGCGGUGCGAGGGUGCAUGCAGGCUGCAGCGCAUGAGGGGGAUGUGAAUGGGCAGAAGCGGCUUCUAUCCGCUGCUGCCUUUGGCAGAGCCUUCUGCAGAAGCGGCUUCUAUCCGCUGCUGCCUUUGGCAGAGCCUUCUGCAGAAGCGGCUUCUAUCCGCUGCUGCCUUUGGCAGAGCCUUCUGCAGGUGAGCCAGGAUGGUAGAUCUCGAGUACGAUCAGAUGGAGUGGGUGAUGUGCUGAUGGGGGAGGCGGUGCGAGGGUGCAUGCAGGCUGCAGCGCAUGAGGGGGAUGUGAAUGGGCAGAAGCGGCUUCUAUCCGCUGCUGCCUUUGGCAGAGCCUUCUGCAGAAGCGGCUUCUAUCCGCUGCUGCCUUUGGCAGAGCCUUCUGCAGAAGCGGCUUCUAUCCGCUGCUGCCUUUGGCAGAGCCUUCUGCAGGUGAGCCAGGAUGGUAGAUCUCGAGUACGAUCAGAUGGAGUGGGUGAUGUGCUGAUGGGGGAGGCGGUGCGAGGGUGCAUGCAGGCUGCAGCGCAUGAGGGGGAUGUGAAUGGGCAGAAGCGGCUUCUAUCCGCUGCUGCCUUUGGCAGAGCCUUCUGCAGAAGCGGCUUCUAUCCGCUGCUGCCUUUGGCAGAGCCUUCUGCAGAAGCGGCUUCUAUCCGCUGCUGCCUUUGGCAGAGCCUUCUGCAGGUGAGCCAGGAUGGUAGAUCUCGAGUACGAUCAGAUGGAGUGGGUGAUGUGCUGAUGGGGGAGGCGGUGCGAGGGUGCAUGCAGGCUGCAGCGCAUGAGGGGGAUGUGAAUGGGCAGAAGCGGCUUCUAUCCGCUGCUGCCUUUGGCAGAGCCUUCUGCAGAAGCGGCUUCUAUCCGCUGCUGCCUUUGGCAGAGCCUUCUGCAGAAGCGGCUUCUAUCCGCUGCUGCCUUUGGCAGAGCCUUCUGCAGGUGAGCCAGGAUGGUAGAUCUCGAGUACGAUCAGAUGGAGUGGGUGAUGUGCUGAUGGGGGAGGCGGUGCGAGGGUGCAUGCAGGCUGCAGCGCAUGAGGGGGAUGUGAAUGGGCAGAAGCGGCUUCUAUCCGCUGCUGCCUUUGGCAGAGCCUUCUGCAGAAGCGGCUUCUAUCCGCUGCUGCCUUUGGCAGAGCCUUCUGCAGAAGCGGCUUCUAUCCGCUGCUGCCUUUGGCAGAGCCUUCUGCAGGUGAGCCAGGAUGGUAGAUCUCGAGUACGAUCAGAUGGAGUGGGUGAUGUGCUGAUGGGGGAGGCGGUGCGAGGGUGCAUGCAGGCUGCAGCGCAUGAGGGGGAUGUGAAUGGGCAGAAGCGGCUUCUAUCCGCUGCUGCCUUUGGCAGAGCCUUCUGCAGAAGCGGCUUCUAUCCGCUGCUGCCUUUGGCAGAGCCUUCUGCAGAAGCGGCUUCUAUCCGCUGCUGCCUUUGGCAGAGCCUUCUGCAGGUGAGCCAGGAUGGUAGAUCUCGAGUACGAUCAGAUGGAGUGGGUGAUGUGCUGAUGGGGGAGGCGGUGCGAGGGUGCAUGCAGGCUGCAGCGCAUGAGGGGGAUGUGAAUGGGCAGAAGCGGCUUCUAUCCGCUGCUGCCUUUGGCAGAGCCUUCUGCAGAAGCGGCUUCUAUCCGCUGCUGCCUUUGGCAGAGCCUUCUGCAGAAGCGGCUUCUAUCCGCUGCUGCCUUUGGCAGAGCCUUCUGCAGGUGAGCCAGGAUGGUAGAUCUCGAGUACGAUCAGAUGGAGUGGGUGAUGUGCUGAUGGGGGAGGCGGUGCGAGGGUGCAUGCAGGCUGCAGCGCAUGAGGGGGAUGUGAAUGGGCAGAAGCGGCUUCUAUCCGCUGCUGCCUUUGGCAGAGCCUUCUGCAGAAGCGGCUUCUAUCCGCUGCUGCCUUUGGCAGAGCCUUCUGCAGAAGCGGCUUCUAUCCGCUGCUGCCUUUGGCAGAGCCUUCUGCAGGUGAGCCAGGAUGGUAGAUCUCGAGUACGAUCAGAUGGAGUGGGUGAUGUGCUGAUGGGGGAGGCGGUGCGAGGGUGCAUGCAGGCUGCAGCGCAUGAGGGGGAUGUGAAUGGGCAGAAGCGGCUUCUAUCCGCUGCUGCCUUUGGCAGAGCCUUCUGCAGAAGCGGCUUCUAUCCGCUGCUGCCUUUGGCAGAGCCUUCUGCAGAAGCGGCUUCUAUCCGCUGCUGCCUUUGGCAGAGCCUUCUGCAGGUGAGCCAGGAUGGUAGAUCUCGAGUACGAUCAGAUGGAGUGGGUGAUGUGCUGAUGGGGGAGGCGGUGCGAGGGUGCAUGCAGGCUGCAGCGCAUGAGGGGGAUGUGAAUGGGCAGAAGCGGCUUCUAUCCGCUGCUGCCUUUGGCAGAGCCUUCUGCAGAAGCGGCUUCUAUCCGCUGCUGCCUUUGGCAGAGCCUUCUGCAGAAGCGGCUUCUAUCCGCUGCUGCCUUUGGCAGAGCCUUCUGCAGGUGAGCCAGGAUGGUAGAUCUCGAGUACGAUCAGAUGGAGUGGGUGAUGUGCUGAUGGGGGAGGCGGUGCGAGGGUGCAUGCAGGCUGCAGCGCAUGAGGGGGAUGUGAAUGGGCAGAAGCGGCUUCUAUCCGCUGCUGCCUUUGGCAGAGCCUUCUGCAGAAGCGGCUUCUAUCCGCUGCUGCCUUUGGCAGAGCCUUCUGCAGAAGCGGCUUCUAUCCGCUGCUGCCUUUGGCAGAGCCUUCUGCAGGUGAGCCAGGAUGGUAGAUCUCGAGUACGAUCAGAUGGAGUGGGUGAUGUGCUGAUGGGGGAGGCGGUGCGAGGGUGCAUGCAGGCUGCAGCGCAUGAGGGGGAUGUGAAUGGGCAGAAGCGGCUUCUAUCCGCUGCUGCCUUUGGCAGAGCCUUCUGCAGAAGCGGCUUCUAUCCGCUGCUGCCUUUGGCAGAGCCUUCUGCAGAAGCGGCUUCUAUCCGCUGCUGCCUUUGGCAGAGCCUUCUGCAGGUGAGCCAGGAUGGUAGAUCUCGAGUACGAUCAGAUGGAGUGGGUGAUGUGCUGAUGGGGGAGGCGGUGCGAGGGUGCAUGCAGGCUGCAGCGCAUGAGGGGGAUGUGAAUGGGCAGAAGCGGCUUCUAUCCGCUGCUGCCUUUGGCAGAGCCUUCUGCAGAAGCGGCUUCUAUCCGCUGCUGCCUUUGGCAGAGCCUUCUGCAGAAGCGGCUUCUAUCCGCUGCUGCCUUUGGCAGAGCCUUCUGCAGGUGAGCCAGGAUGGUAGAUCUCGAGUACGAUCAGAUGGAGUGGGUGAUGUGCUGAUGGGGGAGGCGGUGCGAGGGUGCAUGCAGGCUGCAGCGCAUGAGGGGGAUGUGAAUGGGCAGAAGCGGCUUCUAUCCGCUGCUGCCUUUGGCAGAGCCUUCUGCAGAAGCGGCUUCUAUCCGCUGCUGCCUUUGGCAGAGCCUUCUGCAGAAGCGGCUUCUAUCCGCUGCUGCCUUUGGCAGAGCCUUCUGCAGGUGAGCCAGGAUGGUAGAUCUCGAGUACGAUCAGAUGGAGUGGGUGAUGUGCUGAUGGGGGAGGCGGUGCGAGGGUGCAUGCAGGCUGCAGCGCAUGAGGGGGAUGUGAAUGGGCAGAAGCGGCUUCUAUCCGCUGCUGCCUUUGGCAGAGCCUUCUGCAGAAGCGGCUUCUAUCCGCUGCUGCCUUUGGCAGAGCCUUCUGCAGAAGCGGCUUCUAUCCGCUGCUGCCUUUGGCAGAGCCUUCUGCAGGUGAGCCAGGAUGGUAGAUCUCGAGUACGAUCAGAUGGAGUGGGUGAUGUGCUGAUGGGGGAGGCGGUGCGAGGGUGCAUGCAGGCUGCAGCGCAUGAGGGGGAUGUGAAUGGGCAGAAGCGGCUUCUAUCCGCUGCUGCCUUUGGCAGAGCCUUCUGCAGAAGCGGCUUCUAUCCGCUGCUGCCUUUGGCAGAGCCUUCUGCAGAAGCGGCUUCUAUCCGCUGCUGCCUUUGGCAGAGCCUUCUGCAGGUGAGCCAGGAUGGUAGAUCUCGAGUACGAUCAGAUGGAGUGGGUGAUGUGCUGAUGGGGGAGGCGGUGCGAGGGUGCAUGCAGGCUGCAGCGCAUGAGGGGGAUGUGAAUGGGCAGAAGCGGCUUCUAUCCGCUGCUGCCUUUGGCAGAGCCUUCUGCAGAAGCGGCUUCUAUCCGCUGCUGCCUUUGGCAGAGCCUUCUGCAGAAGCGGCUUCUAUCCGCUGCUGCCUUUGGCAGAGCCUUCUGCAGGUGAGCCAGGAUGGUAGAUCUCGAGUACGAUCAGAUGGAGUGGGUGAUGUGCUGAUGGGGGAGGCGGUGCGAGGGUGCAUGCAGGCUGCAGCGCAUGAGGGGGAUGUGAAUGGGCAGAAGCGGCUUCUAUCCGCUGCUGCCUUUGGCAGAGCCUUCUGCAGAAGCGGCUUCUAUCCGCUGCUGCCUUUGGCAGAGCCUUCUGCAGAAGCGGCUUCUAUCCGCUGCUGCCUUUGGCAGAGCCUUCUGCAGGUGAGCCAGGAUGGUAGAUCUCGAGUACGAUCAGAUGGAGUGGGUGAUGUGCUGAUGGGGGAGGCGGUGCGAGGGUGCAUGCAGGCUGCAGCGCAUGAGGGGGAUGUGAAUGGGCAGAAGCGGCUUCUAUCCGCUGCUGCCUUUGGCAGAGCCUUCUGCAGAAGCGGCUUCUAUCCGCUGCUGCCUUUGGCAGAGCCUUCUGCAGAAGCGGCUUCUAUCCGCUGCUGCCUUUGGCAGAGCCUUCUGCAGGUGAGCCAGGAUGGUAGAUCUCGAGUACGAUCAGAUGGAGUGGGUGAUGUGCUGAUGGGGGAGGCGGUGCGAGGGUGCAUGCAGGCUGCAGCGCAUGAGGGGGAUGUGAAUGGGCAGAAGCGGCUUCUAUCCGCUGCUGCCUUUGGCAGAGCCUUCUGCAGAAGCGGCUUCUAUCCGCUGCUGCCUUUGGCAGAGCCUUCUGCAGAAGCGGCUUCUAUCCGCUGCUGCCUUUGGCAGAGCCUUCUGCAGGUGAGCCAGGAUGGUAGAUCUCGAGUACGAUCAGAUGGAGUGGGUGAUGUGCUGAUGGGGGAGGCGGUGCGAGGGUGCAUGCAGGCUGCAGCGCAUGAGGGGGAUGUGAAUGGGCAGAAGCGGCUUCUAUCCGCUGCUGCCUUUGGCAGAGCCUUCUGCAGAAGCGGCUUCUAUCCGCUGCUGCCUUUGGCAGAGCCUUCUGCAGAAGCGGCUUCUAUCCGCUGCUGCCUUUGGCAGAGCCUUCUGCAGGUGAGCCAGGAUGGUAGAUCUCGAGUACGAUCAGAUGGAGUGGGUGAUGUGCUGAUGGGGGAGGCGGUGCGAGGGUGCAUGCAGGCUGCAGCGCAUGAGGGGGAUGUGAAUGGGCAGAAGCGGCUUCUAUCCGCUGCUGCCUUUGGCAGAGCCUUCUGCAGAAGCGGCUUCUAUCCGCUGCUGCCUUUGGCAGAGCCUUCUGCAGAAGCGGCUUCUAUCCGCUGCUGCCUUUGGCAGAGCCUUCUGCAGGUGAGCCAGGAUGGUAGAUCUCGAGUACGAUCAGAUGGAGUGGGUGAUGUGCUGAUGGGGGAGGCGGUGCGAGGGUGCAUGCAGGCUGCAGCGCAUGAGGGGGAUGUGAAUGGGCAGAAGCGGCUUCUAUCCGCUGCUGCCUUUGGCAGAGCCUUCUGCAGAAGCGGCUUCUAUCCGCUGCUGCCUUUGGCAGAGCCUUCUGCAGAAGCGGCUUCUAUCCGCUGCUGCCUUUGGCAGAGCCUUCUGCAGGUGAGCCAGGAUGGUAGAUCUCGAGUACGAUCAGAUGGAGUGGGUGAUGUGCUGAUGGGGGAGGCGGUGCGAGGGUGCAUGCAGGCUGCAGCGCAUGAGGGGGAUGUGAAUGGGCAGAAGCGGCUUCUAUCCGCUGCUGCCUUUGGCAGAGCCUUCUGCAGAAGCGGCUUCUAUCCGCUGCUGCCUUUGGCAGAGCCUUCUGCAGAAGCGGCUUCUAUCCGCUGCUGCCUUUGGCAGAGCCUUCUGCAGGUGAGCCAGGAUGGUAGAUCUCGAGUACGAUCAGAUGGAGUGGGUGAUGUGCUGAUGGGGGAGGCGGUGCGAGGGUGCAUGCAGGCUGCAGCGCAUGAGGGGGAUGUGAAUGGGCAGAAGCGGCUUCUAUCCGCUGCUGCCUUUGGCAGAGCCUUCUGCAGAAGCGGCUUCUAUCCGCUGCUGCCUUUGGCAGAGCCUUCUGCAGAAGCGGCUUCUAUCCGCUGCUGCCUUUGGCAGAGCCUUCUGCAGGUGAGCCAGGAUGGUAGAUCUCGAGUACGAUCAGAUGGAGUGGGUGAUGUGCUGAUGGGGGAGGCGGUGCGAGGGUGCAUGCAGGCUGCAGCGCAUGAGGGGGAUGUGAAUGGGCAGAAGCGGCUUCUAUCCGCUGCUGCCUUUGGCAGAGCCUUCUGCAGAAGCGGCUUCUAUCCGCUGCUGCCUUUGGCAGAGCCUUCUGCAGAAGCGGCUUCUAUCCGCUGCUGCCUUUGGCAGAGCCUUCUGCAGGUGAGCCAGGAUGGUAGAUCUCGAGUACGAUCAGAUGGAGUGGGUGAUGUGCUGAUGGGGGAGGCGGUGCGAGGGUGCAUGCAGGCUGCAGCGCAUGAGGGGGAUGUGAAUGGGCAGAAGCGGCUUCUAUCCGCUGCUGCCUUUGGCAGAGCCUUCUGCAGAAGCGGCUUCUAUCCGCUGCUGCCUUUGGCAGAGCCUUCUGCAGAAGCGGCUUCUAUCCGCUGCUGCCUUUGGCAGAGCCUUCUGCAGGUGAGCCAGGAUGGUAGAUCUCGAGUACGAUCAGAUGGAGUGGGUGAUGUGCUGAUGGGGGAGGCGGUGCGAGGGUGCAUGCAGGCUGCAGCGCAUGAGGGGGAUGUGAAUGGGCAGAAGCGGCUUCUAUCCGCUGCUGCCUUUGGCAGAGCCUUCUGCAGAAGCGGCUUCUAUCCGCUGCUGCCUUUGGCAGAGCCUUCUGCAGAAGCGGCUUCUAUCCGCUGCUGCCUUUGGCAGAGCCUUCUGCAGGUGAGCCAGGAUGGUAGAUCUCGAGUACGAUCAGAUGGAGUGGGUGAUGUGCUGAUGGGGGAGGCGGUGCGAGGGUGCAUGCAGGCUGCAGCGCAUGAGGGGGAUGUGAAUGGGCAGAAGCGGCUUCUAUCCGCUGCUGCCUUUGGCAGAGCCUUCUGCAGAAGCGGCUUCUAUCCGCUGCUGCCUUUGGCAGAGCCUUCUGCAGAAGCGGCUUCUAUCCGCUGCUGCCUUUGGCAGAGCCUUCUGCAGGUGAGCCAGGAUGGUAGAUCUCGAGUACGAUCAGAUGGAGUGGGUGAUGUGCUGAUGGGGGAGGCGGUGCGAGGGUGCAUGCAGGCUGCAGCGCAUGAGGGGGAUGUGAAUGGGCAGAAGCGGCUUCUAUCCGCUGCUGCCUUUGGCAGAGCCUUCUGCAGAAGCGGCUUCUAUCCGCUGCUGCCUUUGGCAGAGCCUUCUGCAGAAGCGGCUUCUAUCCGCUGCUGCCUUUGGCAGAGCCUUCUGCAGGUGAGCCAGGAUGGUAGAUCUCGAGUACGAUCAGAUGGAGUGGGUGAUGUGCUGAUGGGGGAGGCGGUGCGAGGGUGCAUGCAGGCUGCAGCGCAUGAGGGGGAUGUGAAUGGGCAGAAGCGGCUUCUAUCCGCUGCUGCCUUUGGCAGAGCCUUCUGCAGAAGCGGCUUCUAUCCGCUGCUGCCUUUGGCAGAGCCUUCUGCAGAAGCGGCUUCUAUCCGCUGCUGCCUUUGGCAGAGCCUUCUGCAGGUGAGCCAGGAUGGUAGAUCUCGAGUACGAUCAGAUGGAGUGGGUGAUGUGCUGAUGGGGGAGGCGGUGCGAGGGUGCAUGCAGGCUGCAGCGCAUGAGGGGGAUGUGAAUGGGCAGAAGCGGCUUCUAUCCGCUGCUGCCUUUGGCAGAGCCUUCUGCAGAAGCGGCUUCUAUCCGCUGCUGCCUUUGGCAGAGCCUUCUGCAGAAGCGGCUUCUAUCCGCUGCUGCCUUUGGCAGAGCCUUCUGCAGGUGAGCCAGGAUGGUAGAUCUCGAGUACGAUCAGAUGGAGUGGGUGAUGUGCUGAUGGGGGAGGCGGUGCGAGGGUGCAUGCAGGCUGCAGCGCAUGAGGGGGAUGUGAAUGGGCAGAAGCGGCUUCUAUCCGCUGCUGCCUUUGGCAGAGCCUUCUGCAGAAGCGGCUUCUAUCCGCUGCUGCCUUUGGCAGAGCCUUCUGCAGAAGCGGCUUCUAUCCGCUGCUGCCUUUGGCAGAGCCUUCUGCAGGUGAGCCAGGAUGGUAGAUCUCGAGUACGAUCAGAUGGAGUGGGUGAUGUGCUGAUGGGGGAGGCGGUGCGAGGGUGCAUGCAGGCUGCAGCGCAUGAGGGGGAUGUGAAUGGGCAGAAGCGGCUUCUAUCCGCUGCUGCCUUUGGCAGAGCCUUCUGCAGAAGCGGCUUCUAUCCGCUGCUGCCUUUGGCAGAGCCUUCUGCAGAAGCGGCUUCUAUCCGCUGCUGCCUUUGGCAGAGCCUUCUGCAGGUGAGCCAGGAUGGUAGAUCUCGAGUACGAUCAGAUGGAGUGGGUGAUGUGCUGAUGGGGGAGGCGGUGCGAGGGUGCAUGCAGGCUGCAGCGCAUGAGGGGGAUGUGAAUGGGCAGAAGCGGCUUCUAUCCGCUGCUGCCUUUGGCAGAGCCUUCUGCAGAAGCGGCUUCUAUCCGCUGCUGCCUUUGGCAGAGCCUUCUGCAGAAGCGGCUUCUAUCCGCUGCUGCCUUUGGCAGAGCCUUCUGCAGGUGAGCCAGGAUGGUAGAUCUCGAGUACGAUCAGAUGGAGUGGGUGAUGUGCUGAUGGGGGAGGCGGUGCGAGGGUGCAUGCAGGCUGCAGCGCAUGAGGGGGAUGUGAAUGGGCAGAAGCGGCUUCUAUCCGCUGCUGCCUUUGGCAGAGCCUUCUGCAGAAGCGGCUUCUAUCCGCUGCUGCCUUUGGCAGAGCCUUCUGCAGAAGCGGCUUCUAUCCGCUGCUGCCUUUGGCAGAGCCUUCUGCAGGUGAGCCAGGAUGGUAGAUCUCGAGUACGAUCAGAUGGAGUGGGUGAUGUGCUGAUGGGGGAGGCGGUGCGAGGGUGCAUGCAGGCUGCAGCGCAUGAGGGGGAUGUGAAUGGGCAGAAGCGGCUUCUAUCCGCUGCUGCCUUUGGCAGAGCCUUCUGCAGAAGCGGCUUCUAUCCGCUGCUGCCUUUGGCAGAGCCUUCUGCAGAAGCGGCUUCUAUCCGCUGCUGCCUUUGGCAGAGCCUUCUGCAGGUGAGCCAGGAUGGUAGAUCUCGAGUACGAUCAGAUGGAGUGGGUGAUGUGCUGAUGGGGGAGGCGGUGCGAGGGUGCAUGCAGGCUGCAGCGCAUGAGGGGGAUGUGAAUGGGCAGAAGCGGCUUCUAUCCGCUGCUGCCUUUGGCAGAGCCUUCUGCAGAAGCGGCUUCUAUCCGCUGCUGCCUUUGGCAGAGCCUUCUGCAGAAGCGGCUUCUAUCCGCUGCUGCCUUUGGCAGAGCCUUCUGCAGGUGAGCCAGGAUGGUAGAUCUCGAGUACGAUCAGAUGGAGUGGGUGAUGUGCUGAUGGGGGAGGCGGUGCGAGGGUGCAUGCAGGCUGCAGCGCAUGAGGGGGAUGUGAAUGGGCAGAAGCGGCUUCUAUCCGCUGCUGCCUUUGGCAGAGCCUUCUGCAGAAGCGGCUUCUAUCCGCUGCUGCCUUUGGCAGAGCCUUCUGCAGAAGCGGCUUCUAUCCGCUGCUGCCUUUGGCAGAGCCUUCUGCAGGUGAGCCAGGAUGGUAGAUCUCGAGUACGAUCAGAUGGAGUGGGUGAUGUGCUGAUGGGGGAGGCGGUGCGAGGGUGCAUGCAGGCUGCAGCGCAUGAGGGGGAUGUGAAUGGGCAGAAGCGGCUUCUAUCCGCUGCUGCCUUUGGCAGAGCCUUCUGCAGAAGCGGCUUCUAUCCGCUGCUGCCUUUGGCAGAGCCUUCUGCAGAAGCGGCUUCUAUCCGCUGCUGCCUUUGGCAGAGCCUUCUGCAGGUGAGCCAGGAUGGUAGAUCUCGAGUACGAUCAGAUGGAGUGGGUGAUGUGCUGAUGGGGGAGGCGGUGCGAGGGUGCAUGCAGGCUGCAGCGCAUGAGGGGGAUGUGAAUGGGCAGAAGCGGCUUCUAUCCGCUGCUGCCUUUGGCAGAGCCUUCUGCAGAAGCGGCUUCUAUCCGCUGCUGCCUUUGGCAGAGCCUUCUGCAGAAGCGGCUUCUAUCCGCUGCUGCCUUUGGCAGAGCCUUCUGCAGGUGAGCCAGGAUGGUAGAUCUCGAGUACGAUCAGAUGGAGUGGGUGAUGUGCUGAUGGGGGAGGCGGUGCGAGGGUGCAUGCAGGCUGCAGCGCAUGAGGGGGAUGUGAAUGGGCAGAAGCGGCUUCUAUCCGCUGCUGCCUUUGGCAGAGCCUUCUGCAGAAGCGGCUUCUAUCCGCUGCUGCCUUUGGCAGAGCCUUCUGCAGAAGCGGCUUCUAUCCGCUGCUGCCUUUGGCAGAGCCUUCUGCAGGUGAGCCAGGAUGGUAGAUCUCGAGUACGAUCAGAUGGAGUGGGUGAUGUGCUGAUGGGGGAGGCGGUGCGAGGGUGCAUGCAGGCUGCAGCGCAUGAGGGGGAUGUGAAUGGGCAGAAGCGGCUUCUAUCCGCUGCUGCCUUUGGCAGAGCCUUCUGCAGAAGCGGCUUCUAUCCGCUGCUGCCUUUGGCAGAGCCUUCUGCAGAAGCGGCUUCUAUCCGCUGCUGCCUUUGGCAGAGCCUUCUGCAGGUGAGCCAGGAUGGUAGAUCUCGAGUACGAUCAGAUGGAGUGGGUGAUGUGCUGAUGGGGGAGGCGGUGCGAGGGUGCAUGCAGGCUGCAGCGCAUGAGGGGGAUGUGAAUGGGCAGAAGCGGCUUCUAUCCGCUGCUGCCUUUGGCAGAGCCUUCUGCAGAAGCGGCUUCUAUCCGCUGCUGCCUUUGGCAGAGCCUUCUGCAGAAGCGGCUUCUAUCCGCUGCUGCCUUUGGCAGAGCCUUCUGCAGGUGAGCCAGGAUGGUAGAUCUCGAGUACGAUCAGAUGGAGUGGGUGAUGUGCUGAUGGGGGAGGCGGUGCGAGGGUGCAUGCAGGCUGCAGCGCAUGAGGGGGAUGUGAAUGGGCAGAAGCGGCUUCUAUCCGCUGCUGCCUUUGGCAGAGCCUUCUGCAGAAGCGGCUUCUAUCCGCUGCUGCCUUUGGCAGAGCCUUCUGCAGAAGCGGCUUCUAUCCGCUGCUGCCUUUGGCAGAGCCUUCUGCAGGUGAGCCAGGAUGGUAGAUCUCGAGUACGAUCAGAUGGAGUGGGUGAUGUGCUGAUGGGGGAGGCGGUGCGAGGGUGCAUGCAGGCUGCAGCGCAUGAGGGGGAUGUGAAUGGGCAGAAGCGGCUUCUAUCCGCUGCUGCCUUUGGCAGAGCCUUCUGCAGAAGCGGCUUCUAUCCGCUGCUGCCUUUGGCAGAGCCUUCUGCAGAAGCGGCUUCUAUCCGCUGCUGCCUUUGGCAGAGCCUUCUGCAGGUGAGCCAGGAUGGUAGAUCUCGAGUACGAUCAGAUGGAGUGGGUGAUGUGCUGAUGGGGGAGGCGGUGCGAGGGUGCAUGCAGGCUGCAGCGCAUGAGGGGGAUGUGAAUGGGCAGAAGCGGCUUCUAUCCGCUGCUGCCUUUGGCAGAGCCUUCUGCAGAAGCGGCUUCUAUCCGCUGCUGCCUUUGGCAGAGCCUUCUGCAGAAGCGGCUUCUAUCCGCUGCUGCCUUUGGCAGAGCCUUCUGCAGGUGAGCCAGGAUGGUAGAUCUCGAGUACGAUCAGAUGGAGUGGGUGAUGUGCUGAUGGGGGAGGCGGUGCGAGGGUGCAUGCAGGCUGCAGCGCAUGAGGGGGAUGUGAAUGGGCAGAAGCGGCUUCUAUCCGCUGCUGCCUUUGGCAGAGCCUUCUGCAGAAGCGGCUUCUAUCCGCUGCUGCCUUUGGCAGAGCCUUCUGCAGAAGCGGCUUCUAUCCGCUGCUGCCUUUGGCAGAGCCUUCUGCAGGUGAGCCAGGAUGGUAGAUCUCGAGUACGAUCAGAUGGAGUGGGUGAUGUGCUGAUGGGGGAGGCGGUGCGAGGGUGCAUGCAGGCUGCAGCGCAUGAGGGGGAUGUGAAUGGGCAGAAGCGGCUUCUAUCCGCUGCUGCCUUUGGCAGAGCCUUCUGCAGAAGCGGCUUCUAUCCGCUGCUGCCUUUGGCAGAGCCUUCUGCAGAAGCGGCUUCUAUCCGCUGCUGCCUUUGGCAGAGCCUUCUGCAGGUGAGCCAGGAUGGUAGAUCUCGAGUACGAUCAGAUGGAGUGGGUGAUGUGCUGAUGGGGGAGGCGGUGCGAGGGUGCAUGCAGGCUGCAGCGCAUGAGGGGGAUGUGAAUGGGCAGAAGCGGCUUCUAUCCGCUGCUGCCUUUGGCAGAGCCUUCUGCAGAAGCGGCUUCUAUCCGCUGCUGCCUUUGGCAGAGCCUUCUGCAGAAGCGGCUUCUAUCCGCUGCUGCCUUUGGCAGAGCCUUCUGCAGGUGAGCCAGGAUGGUAGAUCUCGAGUACGAUCAGAUGGAGUGGGUGAUGUGCUGAUGGGGGAGGCGGUGCGAGGGUGCAUGCAGGCUGCAGCGCAUGAGGGGGAUGUGAAUGGGCAGAAGCGGCUUCUAUCCGCUGCUGCCUUUGGCAGAGCCUUCUGCAGAAGCGGCUUCUAUCCGCUGCUGCCUUUGGCAGAGCCUUCUGCAGAAGCGGCUUCUAUCCGCUGCUGCCUUUGGCAGAGCCUUCUGCAGGUGAGCCAGGAUGGUAGAUCUCGAGUACGAUCAGAUGGAGUGGGUGAUGUGCUGAUGGGGGAGGCGGUGCGAGGGUGCAUGCAGGCUGCAGCGCAUGAGGGGGAUGUGAAUGGGCAGAAGCGGCUUCUAUCCGCUGCUGCCUUUGGCAGAGCCUUCUGCAGGAAGUUUCCUCGCGACCGCAUGAUGAGUCUGUGCAAGGACCUGCGGGUGUUGAACGCGGUGCGGAGGGCAGAGGAGGACGGGCUGACCAAUGGCGUGAGGGCCAUGGAGACAGCGGGCAUGCCACUCACUUACUCACAAUACAAGAGGUGGGAUGCUGUGCUGGAUGCGGUGCGGAGGGCAGAGGAGGACGGGUUCACCAAUGGCGUGAGGGCCAUGGUGACAGCGGGUAUGCCACUCACUUACUCACAAUACAAGGAGCUCUCCCCUGCACGCCUUAUCGCCCGCCUCUGCUCCACACACCACCACCUGCUCGCCCUUCGGGUAGCCGCAUUUCUCGGCCUUCGCACGAUCGACACGGACAAGCGGGGCAGCCUGGCAGUAUCGUUUGCAGCCGUGGCUACAGUGGCGUUUCACACGGGCAGGCACGAGCUGGCCACACGGCUGCUGGAGAGGGAGGUUCAUACAGGCCGGCAGGUGCGCCUGCUGCUGGAAAUGGGAGCAUUCGAGGCAGCUCUAUGGAAGGCGGAGGCGGGGCCAGAUGCGGACUUUGUGUUCCAAGUGCUCUUCCAGCUGCUCGAUAAGGCGCCAGAGGAGCAGGUGUUUGAGCUGCUCAAGAGCCACCCCACUGCCCGAAGCCUCUUCAUCUCAUACUGCAAAAAAUCCGACAUUCCUCUGCUGAUGCGAUUCUAUGAGCGCUCAUCCAUGCACCAGUGUGUGGCAGAGCAGAUCGUGAAGCAGGGGGUGCAGGAGGGGCUGAACAGGUGGGGAGCGGAGAGGGUGAGGGAGCUGGAAGCAGCAGCAGAGCUGCUCUCAAGGACCAGAGACCACGGGUUUCAGGCGAAAGCAGUGGAAGAUUCUGUGAAGCUUCUGCGCUUUCAGCAGCAGUUAGAAGCAGCAGGAGUGCACCUGGCCGCACCCACCACCACCGCCACUGCCACGGGUGCAGGGGAGGGUAUGGGGAUCGGGGAGGAGGAGGGCAGGAGGAGGAGUGUGGUCGGUGCGAGUGUGAAUGAUACGAUUGCGGCGUGCCUAGCCGCGGGGAACCACAGAGAAGCUCAAAAGCUGAAGAGCGAAUUCAAGGUUCCGGAGAGACGUUACUACUGGCUGAGACUACAGGCUCUAGCUCGCCUGAGGGACUGGGAGGGGCUGGAGAAGCUGUUCAAGGAGCGACGCCCUCUGGUGGGGUUGAGGGCUUUCGUAGAAGCGUGUGUGGAGCAAGGCGCUGUGGUGGAGGCUGCUAAAUACGUUGGGAGGAUCGGGGACGCAAGCGAGAGAGAAGAGCUGUCACGUCGGUUGAACCUUCCAGACAUGACAUCUGAAGCAGCAGCUGCCGCAGCAGCAGAGAGGGGCGAGGGUGCCAUUUUGGGUACUCUGCGAUCCUUUGCUGCUGCCGGCAGUGCUGCAGGUGCUGCUGCUGUUGCCGCCAACCCCACAGCUUCCUCCUUUUUCGGUUUCGGCAGUUUAUCAUUCAGUGGUAGAGGUGAAGGAUGA